AUGAAUCAAACAUUGGUGACCACAUUGAUGUCCACGGUUCAUAGCGAGCUUGAAGAAUUAAUUCAGUAUAUCUACAUGAUUGUUUAUCCGAUUAUUUUCAUCACUGGUCUCAUCGGUAAUUUACUCUCAUCCUUGCUCUUUUCGAUUACUGAGUUGAAUCAAACUUCAUGCGGAAUCUAUUUUCUUCUUCUUGCCAUCGCGGAUUCACUUGCGUUAAUUGGUGGUCUUCAUCAUUGUCUUACCAUCGGCUACCGUGUGAUUAUACAUAGUGUUACCUACUGUCGGGCGCGAAACUUUAUUUCGUACACGUCAAUGGAUUUGGCUUCGUGGAUGGUCGUUGCUAUAUCACUUGAUCGGUACAUAAAAGUGAAAUUUCCUGUCAAAUCACGCGAUUAUUGUACACAAAAGCUGGCGAUUAUCGUCUCUUGUGUGUUGACAUUUGUUCUUGUGCUAAAAAAUCUUCAUUUCACCACGAAAUUUAUUGGAAAUUUUGCUGCCGAUGCCUCAGAACACUGCGGUCCCAAUCCCAAAUAUCCGACUUACAUGUCAUUUUUUCAAAACGUAUGGCCAUGGAUCGAUUUAGCCAUAUUUGCACUUUUACCAUUCAUUCUCAUAACUUCAUGCAAUAUUUUUAUUAUUUACAAUCUAUACAAACGACGUGUGCAACUUGGUCAUCGUAAUCUCGAUCGUUCGGUAGUGAAAUUUCUUCUGAUCAGUUCCAUUUCCUUCAUUAUCUGCAAUUUUCCCGUCUCGAUCACAAUCGUUCUUUAUCCCUACAUCUCGAGUAACUAUGGCAAGAAACAAUCGUAUGAUGAGAUUGCAUUUGCAUUUGAUAUCUUACGUUUACCAUCGUAUAUAUCGUUGGCAUUUAAUUUCUAUUUGUAUUACUAUUCAUCGAGUUUAUUUCGGCGCCAAGCCAUGCUUUUGUUUCACCGUUUGUUUCGUAUUCGAUCGAGAGUAGAUCAAAAUCAAACACCGGCAGUUCAAAGAAUUUGUCAAGAACAAAACAAUUCAAUUGAACUCUCCGACGAAAGAUAA